CAACUUCCGUGUUUCGAUUUCGCGGAAAAAGCAGCGUGUGCAGACUGAAUGUUGUGAAUGUUUUGAAUGUUCUGAAUGUUUUGUACUUGUCCUGCACAGGGAGAACAUGCCGUCUGUUUUAAUCGAGUCUUUGGAGUGUGGACUGGACUUUAUAGAGUUUCUCGGAGACAGAGUUUCUAUUACAGACAAAAAGGAACUGAGAGACAUUUACAACUCAGAGUUUAAGGGAAGGGAAGGAAUAAAAGACUCCACUUUUUCUCGAGUUCUUUUUGCUCUGGUCAAAUUCAACAAAGUGAACAUAAAACGGGGUCAGAUCUACAUAAACGCCAGGCCUCAGGUCCGUGUUUACUGUGACCAGUGGAGAAGUCCCCGUCGGACCAAAGACCCCGAGAGUCCGAGCUCUGGCCCCCGGGUCUCUACAGAACCCCCCCUAGGGACCGCCCCCGUCGCACCUGUGCUCACGCCAAAGAAGAAGAUAGUGACCGAAAUCCUUCAGAAACUAAAAUCAAACAGAAAGGAGCUGACGGCCGAUAAAGGCGGGAUUGAGAUCACGUCUGAUCCGGCGGCGACUGACGGAAAGAUUCAUUUCACUGUGGAGCAUCUGAGAGAGCUGUUCACCGUCAAAUUCAGCGUCUUCAACAAAGGCACAGACUGUAUCCACUUCACGUACUACACCGCCCUCCACCGCAUACGCUGCUUCACCCUGGAGGACGAGCGGAGAGUGACCAGAGCCUGUCCACUCUUCCUUUGUCCUGGAGAAGUCUACGAAGUGAAAGUGCUCUACAGGUUAAGCCACUAUGGAUAUUUUCCUGCCACUUUGUACUUUGAAUUCUGCCCGGAGCUGCCAGGAUCGGCGCCUUUCUGCAUCGUGCGGGAGAUCGAAGCCGCCGCCAAAACGCCUCUGGCUGUGGAGCUGGGUCCCGUGGCGCCGUACAAACCGUUUCAAGCGGUGAACUACAAACCUGUGGACACUGUGAUUGUGGACGGAGUUCCACCGGAGAGCACUGUGACUCAUCCUGGGACAAUAACAGUGAAGUUAGGAGACUACAAAUAUCCUCUGUACAUAAAGGAUUUGGCUUUACGGAGGCUGGAGGACUCGGAAUACUUCUCUGCAGCUAUGAGGCAGAAACUGGAGGCUGUAAAGAAUCUCUUAGGCUGCCCUCUGAAGAUGAAGAACUAUGAUCAUCGCUUUCAUCUCCUGCUGUACCUCGAGGAGAUCCAAAUGGAAGUGGAUAUUCGGAAAUACGACAUGCGCAAUGAACCAAUGAUCCUGGACAAAAGUAACAAGAAGCUGCUUGUGCUCAAAGUUCCGGGAGUAGCUGAGAACCGUCCCUCUGUCCUCAGAGGAGACUGUCUGAGAGUGUCCAAGUCUGAGGACACGGCGUCUCCCAUCACUUUGUUUAAUGGAUAUGUUCACAGAGUGGAGCUGGAGAGAGUCAAACUGGGCUUCUCCAGGAGAUUGCUGCAGACAUUUAUCAACAACAUGAAGUUUAAUGUGGAGUUCACCAUCAACCGUUUCCCCAUCAAGAUGCAACAUCGAGCUGUGGAACUGGCAGUGAAGAAUAAACUUGGAGAUGUGCUGUUUCCAACCAAAGCGUCUCUCAGCACUGUCCCUGUGCCCAAACUCAGUAUGUUUAAUCGUCAGCUGGAAAACAACCCAGAGCAGUACGCCGCCGUCCAGCGCAUCGUGGCCGGCUCCUCCAAACCCGCUCCACACCUCGUCUUUGGGCCUCCUGGAACUGGAAAGACGAUCACUCUGGUAGAGGCCAUGAAUCAGGUCAGCAGAGCUCACCCUGACGCUCACAUCUUGGCCUGUGCUCCGUCGAACAGCGCCUGUGACCUGCUCUGUGAGAGACUGUUCGUGCACAUGGAUCCACAUCAGGUGUAUCGCCUUUACGCCAGCAACAGAGACCCCAACGCCGUCCCCAAACCGCUUCUGAAACACUGCAACUGGGAUGAACGCCAAGACGCAUUUGUGUUUCCAAAGAAAGAAAGUUUGAUGAAAUAUAAAAUUCUUGUCACGACGAUGAUCACAGCGGGCAGACUCGUGUCGGGUGGAGUCCCUGUCGGACAUUUCACGUAUAUUUUUGUGGAUGAAGGAGGCCAGGCCGUGGAGCCCGAGUGUGUCAUUUCUAUCGCAGGUCUCCUCAGUCCAGGGGACGGUCAGCUGGUCCUCGCGGGGGACCCCAAACAGCUCGGGCCAAUACUCCGCUCUCCUUUGGCUCUGCAGUACGGACUCGGCAUUUCUCUGCUUGAAAGACUCAUGACUCAGAAUGAUUUGUAUCAAAAAACGACUGACUCUGGACACUUCGACACUCGAUUUGUCACCAAACUGCUCAGAAACUACAGGUCUCACGCUGCCAUCCUGAAAGUCCCAAAUGAAAUGUUUUAUGAAAAUGAACUUCAGGUGUUUGCUGAUCAAUGGGAGCGUGAGACUUACUGCAAAUGGACUCACCUCCCGAAAAAGGGGUUUCCUAUAAUCUUCCACGGGGUCAUGGGGAAGGACGAGCGAGAGGCCAACAGUCCGUCUUUCUUCAACGUUUCAGAGAUUGAAGUUCUGAUGGAUUAUCUGGUCAAACUCAUUGAAACACAAGGGAAAAAGGGUUUGCCAAAACUCUCUGCCAAAGACAUUGGGAUUAUUGCUCCUUACAGGAAACAAGUAGAAAAAAUCCGAAAAGCCCUGAAUUCUGUCAAAGCAGUGAGUCAAUGGAGCGACGUCAAAGAGCUGAAGGUCGGUUCUGUGGAGGAGUUUCAGGGACAGGAGAGAAAGAUCAUCAUGGUGUCCACCGUCCGCAGCAGCAUCAACUACGUCAAGAUGGACAAGGACUUCAACAUCGGAUUUCUCUCCAAUGAAAAAAGAUUUAACGUGGCCGUGACCAGAGCGCGCUCUCUGCUCAUCGUUGUGGGAAAUCCUGUCAUUUUAAACAAAGACCCCACCUGGAACAAAUUCAUAAGUUACUGCGUGAACGAGAAGGCGUACACCGGCUUUGACUUCAACAACGCAGAAGGAGAAGAGGAAGUUGUGUCUCGACUGGCCAGCCUGAAAAUCUGUGACCGUGUCAUUGGGGAGGAGAGCGCCCUUCAGCGGUUUGUAGAUCCCGAAUGGAAAAACGAGCAAUAAUCUGCUCAACUUUAAGACUGUUUAGUAUUUCACUGCCUUCCACAAACGACGGUAUCAUGGGAAAAUCUACAAAAAAAAAAGCUUCUUGUAUGAAAACUGAAGAAUGAAUGUAUUUUAUGUUAAUUGCACAAACUUAAACUUAAAGAGCCUCCACAGCUCUGAGUCCUGCUGUGGUUUAAUAACUGUCAUGUCUUACACUUUUUUCAGCUGUUUUUCUUUUAAAAUGACAUCAGAAAAUCACUUGUUUCAAAAAUAUUUUAUUAACAAUGUGCCUGUCGGAUCAAACAUCCACCACUACGACAUAUUCAGUUUACAAAGCAUCAUUAGAAUAAGCUUUUUUUGUACAUUUCUAUCAAUACUUCUGGAUGAUAAAGUUGUAGAACACUGAGAAGAAGAUCCCAUUGAACUGCACCGACGCCACCAUCAGGAUCAGGUCAAGUUUUAAUCGUGGCACAUUGUGUUUUCCACAGCACAGGAGUAAACUCGUGCUCCGUAUCUGUCGUUCUGCUGCACAUAACGCUCCUUCACGACGCCCUGUUUUCUCCUGUUUACGCCCAGUUUCUAUGAAUUUGUCAAACUUUCUUAAGAAAACACAGCGACCGCACGUGCCAGUGGUAAACGGUAAACGCCAAAUGUCUUUUCCUUUUCUCCGCUCGUUUAUACAGUGAAAAAAACGUCGCUCUUGUCUGUUUUAACCCUCAAAAACCCUGUGAUGUUAAUGAAAUGUGUCUUAAUAUUGUCUGAAUGGAAGAGAAGAUGGUUAAAUAGGCCAAUUAUAGCAAAAGAAACGUUUAAAAUCUGUCAACUGGACAAAACGUUGCAGGAGUGAAGUUGUUUCUGGUCAAAUUUCUGCUGGACACUGCCUUAUAUCUGUCUGUCUUAUGCGUGCGACUUUUUGUCCAGUUGACAGAAUUAAAUGUUGUUUUUUUUACUGUGGAUCAAACCAGGACGACUCAGGGAUCACACAGACGUUUAGAGCAAAUGUUUUUUUUAAGUCCAAGGACAAAAACAUGAUGCAUUUCUCAACUAAUUCCAGUGAUAUUCAGAUUAAUCAUCAAUGUGGAAUCCUGUGUCUCUGGUCUUUACUUAUGUGCAUGACUGUUGUCUUAUUUGCACACACCUUUGUCAAUAUUUGAGUCUGGUACGAGUCAACUUUGGACAAUAGAGUUUUUGUGCCUUUCUCUUACACAACGUGAAAGGAUGACGCUUUGAGAAACACGUAAAGCGUCGCAGAAAUCCAAUAAAUGCCAGGGUUCUCUAGCUUUUUAUACGGACAACUAAUUUAAAAGUUACUAUGGGAAUAAAAACUUAAGUAGACAUGUGCUUAUAACCCCAUCACUAAUGUAUGGCUCUGAAAAAACAGUCAUCUCCAGUUUCCAAAGUGAGCACCUGGUCUGUCCACAAAGGCACAACAGGACAGAGAAGGCACUGGGAAGAACACUCCGGAAAAACACUCCAAUACCACUAGGCUUCUCUGAGAUAUUUCAAGAAUGCCGUCUGACAAGAAAUAUCCACAUGGCGAUGGGUAACAACUUUAUUUCCAUGACCGACCGUUCCCGUGCAAAACAGAUUCCAACUGGGGGUGUGACACUCGACUCACUGUGGCAUAAGAAGAGCUCGACUCAGUCACUCGCGAUGAAUAAACAAGGGACAUUUUGCCAGGCCUCGGCGCUCUGUAACGGCCUUUGUGCAUAGUUGAGUUCAUUCUGGCUGCGUCUCACCACUGGACAGCUCUGAUCCUUCCAUCUGGGUCCACUACACAGAUAACGAUUUAUGAAGCCGGGACGUGUUACGAGACGAGGCUGCGCUCAAAAGAACAAGUUUCAUCAGGAGCAGACUAAACAUGGCAAACGUCAAGGAAA